AAGUUGGGCUCACAGGUCUUAGGUUCCUACGUUCCUGCAUUGUGGCACAGCAAGAAGGAUGGCGAUGACGAUGACCUUGUUGUGGUUCUUUAUGAUUGCAACCCGGCUGUCGACCGCAACCUUUCCAUACUGUGAAACCGCGACAACGACUGCGGCCCCUGCCAACAUCAGUGAGGUGCCAGUGGAGGUGAACGUUCAAGGGCAAAGUGGCAAGUUCACCAUCGUCCCCAAGGGAUCCUCGGGCAACUCGGUGGGCAUCCGGGUCACCAUGGAUGCCUUGCGCGAGGUGGACGCCUCGGGGAACGCUGUGGGCCAGUCCGGCAGCGUGAAGCACUCCGUGAACACCUUUGCCUCGCAGGACUUCACCGUCGGCGACGUGGAGCUGGUGUCUAUUGGCUCGGUGAGCGCCUCGAAGGUCUCCUUUGAGUCCACCAUCUCCAGCAUUGGCAAGUUGGGGGUGGAUACAUAUUUGAUUGCAACGAGCGGGACGGUGGGCAUGAACACCGAUUCUUGGGAAGUGGGCAUGGGGGACCUGAAGUGGAACAUCCGUUUGUGGGACUGGACCUGGUGCGGCGACGUGGGUGCCACCUGCAAGAAUGGUGAGGUGGGUGAUGCUGUUGAGCUUGACAUCACGGUGACAAAUAUGGGGGGAGGCUCGGCCAGCGAGAAAGAGGGCGACAAGAAGGAGGUCUCCUUGGGCGGUUCGGCCGAAUUGUCGCUCUCGACGGCCGUGCAGACCGAUUGCGUGUGGGAGGAGAUGGCUGCUGGCUACCCCAUGAUCACCACGCAGGGCAGCGGCACGACGCUCACCUUCCGUUUUCCUCGCUUCAUCGACUCCUCUCUCUAUGACCCGGUGGUCUCUGGCUCCUGUGACGAGCUUGGUCUGGACUGUUCCAGUACCACCACCGGCUCCACCGUCUUCUCCACCACAGGCACAGGCUCCACCACCGAUGACGACAGCACCACCGAGGACGACAGCACCACCGAUGACGACAGCACCACCGAGGACGGCACUGGAACCACCGAAGACCCCACCGAUCCCGGAAGUGCCGCCAGCGAGCCAGCGGGAGUUGCUUUGGCGGCAGGUUUAGCUUUGACUUCCUUCGCUUUCGCCUGAGAAUCCCUCAGGAUGGCUGAGUGAGUUGAUCGGGUGGGUCUUGUGGCACUUUCCGGCACCACGAGCUGAGCCACCUCCAACAAAAAGGAGGUGCCUUUCAUGCCCAUCUGUCGUAGUUAUUUCAUGUUAUUUCC